AUGUCCGGCUCAUUGAGCCAGUUUCAUUUACGCGGAACGUCCAAACGUCUCCAGAGAGAAACCGGAGAUCAGCUCACUACUAUCUCUUGUACUAUGUCUCAAGAGGACCUAUCUCUCCAAGCCCCAGUUGGCUUCUUCGGGAAAUUCAUGCAAUAUUCAAUCUUCUGGGCCUUGUCCAGCCGCAUGGAAUCACAGUUGCCCAACUUCUUCUGGCCUGAUUUUCUUCCCCACUCUCAACCAGCGCUACUGCUUGACGCCUCUUGGACAACAAUAUCAAAGCCAUAUGACACGCGCGUUACGCUCGUUUCAUCCGCCAGUUGUUUCCACGACGCAGGUCCCCGCCGCGUGGUAUGCUUCGGAGAGUCUGCUCUCCUUGUCCACAUCAACGCAACUAGGAGUGGACUGACAUUUGGUUAUCUCACCGACGCGCGCUUAACAGCAUGUCGGGCUCCACCUCACCUUAUUUCCCUCAUUUCCUUUGGGAGUUCUGUCCGUCGCAUGUUUGUCAGCCUUCAGAUAUCAGGCUACGAGGAGCCCAAAGACGGACUAAACUUCAAUCCUUAUAAACCGUCCAUCGCCAAGCACCGCAAGCGACUUAUUUUGCAUGGGUUCGUUGACUUUUUGGAGCAUUCUUGGGCGGAUGGCGUCAUAGGGUCGCCUUCAGACCAAUGGUUGCCUAUGGGGAGACAUAAUGAACCUUUACUGCUGGGGCUUAUGCCAAGCAGAGGUCUGCGUUGGCAUAGCUUGCGAGGACAGGAGUUCAUCCUUGCAGAUUGCUGUUUUGGUAGUCUGGAUGAGGGAUUUGAUGAGGAUCCGCCCUCCUUUACUUCUCUCUCCGGACGGUUGCAUUUUCCAUAUCGUAUGCCGAGUUUCGGUGGAUCCAAGAGCAUCAGGACUAUAGCCGCUUGA